AUGAAGCCCCCCCUCACCAUCAUCAGCAUGCUCGCCCUCACCACCGCGCUGACCCUCACCCCGCGCGACGCGGAACAAGGCGACCCCAUCGUCGAAUGCGGCGACCUGGACGUGAUGACCGUGGACCCCGCCGACCUCCCCGCGGGCGUUGCCCCCAGCGACGUCCGGAAAUGCCUGGACCACCCGCUCGGCCGGAACCGGCACGUCAAGGGCGCAUCGCUGGCGCCGCUCGACGCGGUGGAUGUCGCGUUCUGGCAGAACAGCACGGUGGACACCGUCACGGGCACAGGCUCCAGUCCCGUGGAGGCGCGCUCGGACGGCCUCGACGGCCUCGAAGCCCUGGAGAAGCGGUCGUGCUACAAAGACGCGCCGUACGGGUGCUCUGGUGGGUAUUGCUGGAAGGCCUGCGGGAACACGAACAAGGGCGAGUGGUGCUGGACAGCGGCCAAGGCCGGGCUGGGCGCGUGGAUCAAGUGCAGCAAGUGGCAGGACUGCGGGACGGCGACGUAUGCGUGUGGGAGGGGAGGGUGUCCGGCUUGUGGGUGUGGUUGUUAG